AUGGUCCAAAAAGUCCAGGUGGAUUUAUUAGAAAUGGGCAGAGCAUCGAUCGCACCACUGUGGCUGUCAUCUGGAAUUUUGGGGCCAUUCCCUGUGGUCACCCCUGUCCUCCUAGGAGACUGUAAGAGGGAUGUUCGAAGGCCUGGCCCUGGUGGAACUCUGAACCAAGCCAACCGCCAGUCUCUCCUCCAACAUGUCCUCUCCCUGGGAUUUCUUUUCCAGUCACUUCCUGAGCUCAGAGCUUCUCCCGGUCAUCCAGUUCCUGGGCCUCCUUGGGUCGAAGCUGGCACCCUGCCCUUGAUUCAGCUUUGUGCCAGCGCCAGUGCCAGGAUGUUUGGCUGGAUUGAGAAGGUGGUACCACAGCCUCCUGUGAAGUUCCACCUUCCGGUGAUGGAAGAAAAAGACACACCAGCAGAACAGAGAGCAGCAGAGGACGAGCCAGGACUUGCUGGGCAGCUGCCAGAAGGAGAUUUCUGCAAUCCAGCACAAGGUAAUUCAGCUACCAAUCAAAGCUUUUGUGGGCAGGUGCCCAAGCUCUGCCAGGGUGGCCAGGAUGCCACGAUCCAAAACGGGGCUGCAGUUUGGCCAGUUCUUUUAGACCAGUACUGGCAGAGUGACCCUUGGACCCCCUGGAGGCUGCUGGUCUCAAAGGGCAGCGUCUUCCUCCUUUGGCUCCCCCUCACUAGCUUUCUCCCACCUCCCCCCAGUGCCAGCCAGGGGCUCCUCUCCUGGCUUUCCCAGGGCCUGCAGAGGGUCAUCCCACAGCCACCACUGGACAGCUCCCUGGUCUCCUUGCGGGUGGCUGCCAAAGCUGCGGAGGCCAGCAUCGAUAUGCCAGAAGGGACAGAAGUCCAAAGCAUCAAUGACGAGGAGGAGGAACUAGAGGUAGCUAUUCUUGAGCCGGAAGACCAGACUGAAGCACAAUCCAGCACCAGCAGCAAUGCCCCAGAUAACACCAAUGGGAGAAAAGUAUUUACUUGGCUGAUGGAAGGAUUUGACAAAAUAAUGCCUCAGCCAGAGAACAGGAAAAAAGCUGAGGAAGUGACUCCAGAAAGACCUGCUGAAGAAAGUGCCAACUCCAAGGAGAACACCCGAGGGACAUCGCAGAGUGACCCAUUCCCGGCCAGUUCUCCCCGUUCCACUGGAGUGAAGGGGGGGGCCUCGCCCGACCAGCAGUCCUACCUCAGCCUCCCUCUCUUCCCCCAGAGGCCUGGAGGUGACGGGGCUCACAGUCUGUUCAUGCGGUUCCUUCAGGGACUGGAGAAAGUGAUGCCCCAGCCCGUUACCAAAGCAAGGCCAGAUGGGCAGCCUAUGAAAAGCACAGUCCAAGGCUCAGAAGAAGAAAGGAGCAAAGGGGCUUAGCACCCUUGAAACAAAUGGACAUGGAUGGUUUUGGAGAUCUCUUUUCACAAACCAAGUGAAGCCAGCCUGACUUGGGGGUGCAUAUUGAAUCAUGAAUCAUGAAAAACAGAGUUCAGAGGGUUUCUUUUCCUAAAUUAAAUAAAGUAAAUCUUA